UUGCUCUUGUGGCGGUACCGUUGUGCGCAUUUCUUUUGGUGCGCCUGCGCACAGUCGGCUUUCUACCGUUGACGUAUUCGGAUUUGUGGAAAUUUCUCUGCUCUGCUUACGGGCGUACUGUGCGUAGAGAUCAUACAUACAUAUGUACACUGAUUGGAUUACACGCUGACAAAAAAUAUUCUUUAUGAAAUAUAAAUAAAUAAUAAUAUUGAAGACAAAAAGUGCGAAAAAUAAAAAGUGAUAAUUUUCGCGCAAUAUUAAAUUGUUAAUGCACAAUAUAAAAUAUUGAAAAGUGACGUAUUUGAAAAAACGAAGAUAUAUUAAAAUUUUGUAAUUAAUGAAACUCGAAAAAAUUUGAGAUAAAAUACGAAACGAGAACUUUUUUCAUGAAAUGCUGUUGCUUCACAAUUAAAAAAUAUGUGAAAAACUUAAAAUAAAAACAGGAAUUGUAAAUCAGUCAUUAAAGUGAUUUUUUUUUUUUUUUAAUUUGUGGCUAAAAAACGAUUUUUAUGGAAUAUGGUUAAGUUAAAGCUACAUAUGUACACACGUUAAAAAAAUUCCAGGCAGUUUUGGAUAUUAAAAUGAAAAAUUUGCAAAACUAUGUGUUUAAUUUUGAAAAUGUCAAAAAAUUCCAACAAACUUUGACUUGAAAUUUUUUUUUGUAAAAACGAAAACAAAAUUAGAAAAAAGUGAAUGCUUAAAUAGAUUGAAAAAUCUUUGUGUAUAUUAUUUUAAAAAACAAAAUGCAUUAUAUAUAAGAGUAGAAAAGAAAAUCAGUGAAUAAUUUUGGAAAUGCAACCCUGUUUAUAUGCCGUAUACAAAAUUUUAAAAGCAACAAAAAAUAAAAGUGUCUAAUUUGUAAGCGAAAUAAAACAGAAAGCCAAUAUUAUGAUAUAUCUUGUGACAAAAGAAAAUAUAAAAAAUAUUUAAAAAAAAGAAUACUAUAAUUUUCAGCACAAAAAGUGCGCAUUUACUCACUGUAAACGUUAUAAAAAUUCUAUGAGUAUACCAAAAAAAUUCCUUUAAACCGUUUAUAUGUAUUCGAAAUGGCGCAACAAUUAAACUAUAAAUGGAAAUAAAAAUAAAUUGCAAUUUCAAAAAGUUUUUAUAUUUAAAAAAAGGUGCUAUCAAACAAAAAACCAGAAAAACGUUUAAAGAUAGCAAUAAAAACACAAAAUACAGCCGCAAACGGGAUACUCAACGAGUGAAGAAAUAAGUGCAAAUAAAGCAACACCAGAGCAAAGCAGGAAAUACAAUUUUGAAAAAAGUUUAAAAACUUAAAAACCUAAAGCCAACUAAUCAAACGCAAAACGAGUGAAAUUACAAAACAAAAAAAUACGAAAUUGGCGAAGAAAAAAAAAUUAUUUAAAAAAAAAUUAUAUAAAAAAUUUGUAUACAAAAAAUAGAAUACAUAUAUGUAUAACAAAAAUUUAAAUAAAAUACAAACAAAAUUUUUUUAUUUUUAAAUUUGCAAUCAAACUAAAUUAAGCCCGUAAUUCGCUCUAUAAUCAGCACAGGAUCUGUCAUAGAAACUGUUGUAAAUAUUUCCAUGCAUCAAAAAUCCACAAGACAAACAAUAAAAAUAAAAUUGAAAUCAAACAAAAAAUCUCAGCGACAUUUUUUUCGGCAAAUCCCGGGUGUUGGCGAUAAUACCUCAAAUAUAUAAACACAAAACAAAAGUAUCCAACCGUACCAAAACUCUACACCCCAGCUCUCCAACCAACUGCCUGCAAGCAACCAGUCCAACAAUAAUAGCAAUACCGCUAUAAAACGUUAAUUGCUGUCAUUUAUUUUGAAUUGUAAAUAUUUUUACUUCCAUUUCCUAUUUCGCUACUCACACUAACACACAUAUUGACAUAUUGACACACUAGUACCGAAAUUUUGCACCCACUAACAAAACCCUAAAGUAUUAAAGAACAAAUAAUAAUAUAAUAUAAUUAUUAAAUAAUUUUCAAAGAAAGUUGUAAAAAUAUUUAAACACUUUAAAAUUAAAUUUUUUGGCGUUUAUGAAAAUUUCGUCGUUUUGCGUGCUGUGCUCCUUAAUUUUUUUUGUUAUGAAUGCUGUCGCUGUAUUUAUAUUUUUAACAAGUAUUUUUUCUACAUACACACAAAACGUACACAUAUUAUUUUGUUGCCUGCACGCCAAGGACACAUACAAACAAACACAUACAUUUGCUGGGAUAUAACAAAUAAUUGAAUAAGAACAGCAGCAGCAAAGCAUUAGCGCGGCGUUAAAAAAACCCACUAAAGCUACAACAACAACAUCUAACACGGAUUACAAGGAUAUUUGAAAAUGUUGUGAUUUCUUCAAUGCAACAAGUUUAGCCACAACAGGAAUCAACAAUUUACUUAAAACCCAAUUUUCAUUAUUGUCGUUGACUUAUGGUCCUCCCAAGUUAUCCAGCUGCAUACCCGUCCUACUAAAAUUAUACUAGAAUUUUCGAAUAUACACACCCAGUCCUCCUUGUUCAUCAUCUUGCGUUCACACGAACCGGAAGGAAAAAAAUUACUCGUAUGCACCGUAAAAUACAAUGAAGUUUUGCAGCAUGAACGGACCAAGUGAAUCUGAAGUUGAAAGCUUACUUAUGAGUCCAUGCUGGGGUCCCACACAGAACGGCAGCCAAGAUCAAUAUCUGCUCGAUGGCCAUAAAUUACUGCUGGAGCACGAUCUGGAUUCGCUGCCCAGCGACACGGAACAGAAAAAUUCGCUAGAUGUGCUCGAUAAUCUGCUCUUGAAUACAUCAUCCCUGAAUGCGCUCUCCGACCUGAAACCACUACCACCGUUCACUGGCUAUACGGGACACUUGUCCAUAAAUGGCAUCUCGGGACAUCAUUAUCACGCGAUCGCACAGAGGCUACCUGAUGAGAGUAACAACAAUUAUAUACAAAGCGCCUACCAGACGAGUCACACGUCACCGACCGGCAAUGGCACCACGAGCAUACAAUUGGCGGCGGCGACGUCGGGCACAUCACCGUUACCCUCAAUGUCAAGUGGGGGUGGCGGUGGUGGUGCCAACAGUCAUUGCUCUUCGGGCGAUCACAAUAUUGUUUCCUCGUCUACAUGCUUGCCCGAGAGCGUUCUGAGUCCGGACGCGGACGCCUGCCUUAACGAUGUGAAACUGUUCGCUGAUAGUCAAUUAGAUAGUAAGCUGUACUCAAUGGCCGAUAGUUGUGUUAUGUCUGUAGGUGGCGCGGCUGGUAUUGGUGGUGGUGGUGGCAACGGUGGUGCUGGCGGUGGCAUAGUCAACAAUGGCAACGGUAUGGUGGGUGGUGGCGACCAAGGUACGGAUUCGUUGCACAGUAGUGUACGCAUUUAUACCGACGCAAAAGAUCUGUCCGAAUAUGUAGAUAUGAACUCGAUAGACGAUAUUGCGGCCAUAAUUGGUUCAGCGAUAGCAGACACAACGGUGCCCAAUCAACUAGAUAAGGAUGAUGGUAAUGAUACGCGCGAUUCCUGGAUGGACUUAGAUGCGUGGAUCGAUGGCAAUUGCAUACAGCAAGAUGGUAAGCUGCUUGUAUCACAACAGGAUACGCUUAGCGAAUUUAUCUUGCCACACUCGCCUGUGCAUCCGAGCUCGACGCUGCAGAACUUGCUCACGCACGGCUACAUGCCUUUCCUGCAGAACCGCCUACAAAAUGGUCCACCACAGCAACAACAGCAAACGCAACAAGCAAAUACAGCCACAAUGAAAAGUGAAGCGCCCAGUUCUACCUCAUAUUGUAACGAGCUGCCCACAGCAACGUCCACCUCGAGUCCGCCAGGUUCCGUUGUCUCGACCACGGACAAUCUGAUGAUUAAUCCGCGCUAUCUCACAAAUCCACAGCAGUACCAAGUCUCCAUGUCUUCAAUGAAAUCCGAUGGUCUCUGCAGUCCCGACAUGCUAGGCAAUUAUCCACAUACGACGACCAUUACACCCACCGGUACGCCAAAAACGAAACGUUCGCGCUCCCAAAAGAAAUCCAGUCAACAACAACAAGCGAAUGCCCAAUCUAACAGUAGCGGACUUGGACCACAACAACUCAAUGCAAUUUCACCAUCAUCGGUCAACUUCAGCGCUAACGAUCUGUCCGGUCUGCUAGGGAAAGAGAAGCCCGUGCAUCGGUGUAGUAUAUGUAAUCGGGGUUUUCUCAAUAAGAGCAACAUCAAGGUCCACCUGCGUACGCAUACGGGCGAGAAACCGUUCCGUUGUGAUGUUUGCGCCAAAGCGUUUCGACAGAAGGCGCACUUGCUCAAACAUCAACAGAUACAUAAGAGAAUUGGGCGUGACUGACACGAUGCGCGCGAGGAUCACGAACAACAUAGCAGUGUUGUCAUGAUGCACGCCAAUAUGCGAGCGUUCAAGCCCAAAUCUACAAAAUCGUUGCGUCUGAGAGUGUCCUAAGUGUGUGCGUGUACGUGUUUGCGUCGAGAGCGUGUAUUUGAAUAUCCUGUAUAAAUUCAAGUACUCCAAAGCUAGUAAUAGAGUGGUUAGCUGUUUUGUGGCUAUCUCCGGAGCUACUCCGACAAGUAGCCACAUUAGAGCUACACCAAAUCCGCCACACAACAACACUCUCGAAGGCAGCGUAAUGUUUAUUGAAGGCGUUGAAGUGCUGAUAUCAUUGCGCUGAGCGUGAGAGUGGCUAUUCAGUGAGAGCUUAAAGCUUACGCUCAACUACUCAACGACUCUGUGUAAGUGUUACUCAAUUCAAUGUUCUUCAAUGAGCGAGUGCGUGUUUCGAAUUCCUAAAUGUAUGCCUUUAUAUAUAGUGUGGUGAGUAUUUUCUAUAUAUUAAUUUGACUACAUUCGAAAACCAUUUAUAUUUCACGUAAUGAGAUAUUCUUUUGUAGUUUAGUUGGUAACGAAAAUACUUUAACAUUGAAAAAUCAUAUAUUUUACUGGCUAUUUUGGAAUACGAGACACGCAGUCAAUAUUUGUUAUUCGUUGUUGUUGGUUGCUUUUGAUCUCUUUAGUUUUACUCAAUGUAGGUUUUAGUGCCUUUUUAACAAAGAUGCUUUUAAUAAAUUAAUUAUAGGCAUUUAACUUAUCAUUCCUUUAUACAAUUUCUGAAAUACGUAAUGUAGAAACAAUUUCGUUACGAAUUUACGAGAUAAUUUUUCGUUUAAGAUUUCACCAGUUUUUGGAAGCAAAUUUAAUUGGCUCUUAAUACUAGAUUAAGAAGCAUACAUUGCAAUAAUUUUAUUGUAAGCUUAGUUUGCAAAAUAUAUUAUAAUAAAUGAAUGAAAAUUCGGAAGGUUUUCAUGCAAGCUUUUACCCUUUUGAAAGUUUAAAGCUCUUUAUGUUCAAAAUUAAAUUUAGAAGAAGAUGGAGUAGAAACAAUUUUCCAUCUAUUUCAAAGAAUCAUCCAUGCAAGCUUUCUUUAUUUUUUUUUUGGAAAACAAAUGUAAUUGGCUUUCAGCAAAUACAUAUUAACAAGCGUACAUUGCAAUAUUUGUAAUUGAAUGAAAAUUUGGAAAGCUUUCACUCUUUUGUAUAAUUAGCAGCUUUUAUAAAUUUCUAUUUAUUUCUCCCAAUUUCAUAACCAAUUUACAUAAAACUAAUAGUGUUUCUUUAAGCUCAUGUUUGUUGUUUUGUGCUUCAGAAUGUCUGAACUUUGGAAAUAUCUGCUUAAAAAAGCUUGUUAUUGAAGCUCGCAAGCUUUCAUCAAAAAUUUGGUUAAUUUUUACUUAGAUAAUGAAGCAUAGAACAUAUAAAAAUCGAAUUCUCUUUAAAAUAUAGAUACUUUUAUAGACAAUCGCAGUUGAGUGCAAUUAAUAAUGAUUAAACUCAAUGUCUGGCAUUUUUUCAAAUGAGAAAUCUACAAAUCCGAAUUCGUUAAAGAAAUGGCAUUGACAUUUUGAAUAAUCUGUCAAAAUACAGUAAACAAAAAAUGUAGUUAGCGUGUGAGUGGUAUUAGGCCAGCUUGUUAGAGCAACGCAAAUGAGCGACUGUCGCAAGCGAAAACUCAAAGAGAGCACAAGCAAUGUAAGAACAACGGAGCGUCCAAUUGUCUUUUUGCAACUGUUGUUCCGUUUUGAUGCAAGUGUGCGCUCUACCAACGAAACAAAGCUACAGUUAUAUAUAAAACAAUGUUUUUAAUAUUUUUCAUAAAUGGAAAUUUAGACAAAAACUUAAAACAAUAAAAAAUUAAAAACUUUUUUAAUUCUAAUAUCUAUUUAAAUUUAAGUUCAAAGAACAGCGUGUAAAAAUAAAGUUGAUAUAAUAUAACGGUAAAUUGAAACAAAACUGUGUGCAGCAAACUUUGUAAAAUAUGCAUAUGGCGUAAAAGAGAGCAGAGAAAUUGUACCUCAAAGUGGAAAAUUAUUUCAUACGUGUAAUUUAGCAAUACAAAACAUUACAAAAAAAAAUUUUAAGUAAUGAAAAAAUAUUUUAUUAAAAAAAUCGUAUAUAAAUAAGUUUAAAAGCAAUAAUGUACAAACGAAUAUGCAAUAAAGUAGUGAGUUGAAUAAGCGAAAUGCAGUUGCAAUAAAUGGCGGAAAUUAAUUUAAUCAAUUAGUUUAGUAAAAUUUUUGUAUAAAAAGUAAAUUUAUUAGUAUAAAAAUAAAAAUUAUGUUUAUGAAAAAAAAAAUUAUGAAAAUUUGUUGCAAUCUCUAACAGCCCUGGCGGUGCGUUAAGCGUUUUUCUUAAAUUCGAGAGAUUUACUUCAAUAAAAUUAUUCUAAAUUGCUUAAACAAAUAUUUUUUUCUUUUAAAUUUUAGCAAUAUAUAAUUAAAAUUAUUAUUUUUUAAUAAAUAAGUUUAUUCAAAUUGACAUUGUAAAAAAAAUUAAAAUACAUUGCUGAAUCCAUGAUGCUUUAUUUUAGUUUAGAUCUACUAAAUUUUAAUUAGGCUUAACUUAUAAAUUAUAAUUGAAUAUUAAUAAAAAAACUAAAGCGCAUAUAACGUACUGUAAGUAUGUAAAGCAUGCAACUCUAAGUAGAAAACUAACGGAUAAACGCACACACACACAUAAAAGCAGCAAUUGCUCAGUUAAAUAAUUUAUGUAAAUUAAAUUAAUGUAAAAUAUUUAUUAUUUAUUUUUAAUUAUACACUUUUGUGCAAUUAUUUAUUUAAAUGUGUAUACUCCCACCAUUCCUCUAUCCAACAACAAAAGCAAUUAGCUGCCUUUACCUCUUCAUCCCUUAUGUUUAUUUAAAAAAAUAAAUUAAAGAAAUAUAAAUAUUAAAAAAUGUAAAUAGUUUAUUGUAUUUAGUGUAGUUAUAAAUUAAAUGAAAUUAUAUUAAAUAUAAAUGCGUUGCAAAUUGUUUCUAAAAAUUUGAGAAAUAUAAAUAUUGUUUGCUUAAAAAA